AUGGCAGCGAUGCAGCUGUUCCUGCUGACCACAGGCCUGACCCUGCUCUCUGUGGUGCAGGCUGGCUACAUCAAUAGAGGUGAAUGUGCCACAACAGAUAAGCUUUUAGGAAACUGGUAUAUAAUUCGCUGGGCUGGAAACCUUCCCCUCCCAGAAGAAAAGCUGAGAAGCCGACUGCCACCCUUCACAUUGUCCAAAAACAAAAUUGGGUACUUGGAGUUUAGGAUGAACAUCUCGAAACCAAUUGGAUGUGUUGAGUUCAAGCUGGCCUUGAAUGAAGCAAAAGACAAACCUUGCUACUUUUCACUCUGGAUAUGGCACUAUGUUGUCAUAGUGUUUGUUGGAGGGGAGAACUUCGGUUUCGCCUUUUUAAAUGCCAAGGUCAAUGAUAUACACCAGAAGAUGGCAAUGUUCAUGGGUCGCCGUAAUCAUACUGCACACCCAACAAUGCUGAUGGAUUUUGAAACCCUUGUGAGCCAACUGCCACUGAACAAAACAAGCAUCAUCAACCCCCCUUUUGAUGAUUCCUGUGAACUUGGAAAAGAAUCCUAGUGCACAGAGGAACCCUGCAGAGACUUCACGGGCACCUGGUGCUGGAUCUUUCAAUAAAUGUGAUAAAU